AUGACCUUAAACCACCACCUAAACGGUCAGGACCCACCCACGCUGGAGCAAACGCUGGAGCAGACUCUGGGGCAGACUCUAGAGCAGACGCUGGAGCAGACGCUGGAGCAGACGCUGGAGCAGACGCUGGAGCAGACGCUGGAGCAGACGCUGGAGCAGAGGCUGGAGCAGACGCUAGAGCAGACGCUGGAGCAGACGCUAGAGCAGACUCUAGAGCAGACGCUGGAGCAGACGCUAGUUCAGACGCUGGAGCAGACGCUGGAGCAGACGCUGGAGCAGAUGCUAGAGCAGACGCUAAAGCAGAUGCUGGAGCAGAGGCUGGAGCAGACGCUAGAGCAGACGCUGGAGCAGACGCUGGAGCAGACGCUGGAGCAGACGCUGGAGCAGACGCUAGAGCAGACGCUGGAGCAGACGCUGGAGCAGAUGCUAGAGCAGACGCUAAAGCAGAUGCUGGAGCAGAGGCUAGAGCAGACGCUAGAGCAGACGCUGGAGCAGACGCUGGAGCAGACGCUGGAGCAGAGGCUGGAGCAGACGCUAGAGCAGACGCUGGAGCAGACGCUGGAGCAGAUGAGAGCAGACGCUAAAGCAGAUGCUGGAGCAGAGGCUUGA